AUGUUUGCCAACAAGUAUUACGAACACGACAUAGAGAAUACUUUCGUGAUGAAUCGCUUUUUCUUUCGUUUAUUAGGAAUAUGGCCAUUUCCACGCACGAAUUCCCUUCUUCCGGAGUUGUUGGAGACGGUCGUGCUGGUCUUUGUGUGUUUCGCGUUUCUCUUCGGCGAAUUAAUCCCGAUUAUACUCUAUGUAUUUAUGGUGCUGACAGACGUUCGUUUGAGGUUUAAAAUCAUGGCUAAUGGAAUAUUCACGAUAAUAGAAAUCAUUAAGUACGGUUAUGCCGUGUUUUACAAGAAUCAAGUGCGAAAUUGUCUAGUACUGGUUGAUGAAGACUGGCGAAACGUCAUCAAUGUAAAUGAUCGCAUCUCUAUGAUUGAUAGGGUCAGAACUAGCAAACGUCUAAUUGUGAUUUGCACUGUAUUCGUGUACCUGACCGGCGUGUGUGCCCGAAUGAUCAUUCCUUUGUCAGUGGGAAAAAUUGUUACUCCUCAAAAUGUCACUAUCAGACCACUGCCGUGUGCGGCUUAUCUCGUUAUAUUUGAUGUGCAACGUACUCCAGUUUAUGAAAUCGUAUAUUUUAUACAAUUUGUAGCGGGAUUUGUAAAGUAUACGAUUUUGGUGGCAACCUUUAGUUUCGUGACACUUUGCGGGAUGCAUUUUUGCGCGCAGUCGGACAUACUUGUGACGUUGAUGAACGAUUUUGUGAAUGAGAAUCAACCGGAGUAUUUGGAUAAGAAAUUGGCCAAUGUUGUGGAACAUCAAAUUAGAAUAAGGAACGACAUUAUACCUGGUGUCCUUUAUUGGUUGAUGGCAGAAACGGCACGCGUUCGACUGCAGACGAUCCCUCUUCUCCUCUACGACUUCAUGUCUGUCAGUCAAUACGGCAUUUUCAUAUUUCGCUAUGAUAAACUCAGGCGAUGUUUGCAACAUGUCGAGGAGGAUUGGAAAAACGUUCUUAGCGCAGACGCACGAAAUAUUAUGCUAAAAUCUGCGAGAACCGGCAAACGCUUGGUGACGAUCUGUGCAAUCUUCAUGUACAGCGGCGCCUUUACCUUCCGAACAAUUCUGCCGUUAUUCCAGGGAAAGAUCAUCAUCGAUCAGAACAUCACGAUAAGACACUUAGCCUGUCCGGGUUACUUCUUUUCCCUUGACGUACAAGUCAGCCCUGUUUACGAGACGGUCUUUGUAAUCCAGUGUCUAACAGGAUUCAUUGGAGUUUCGAUCGUGACAUGUGCAUGUGGUCUCACCGCAAUUUUUGUAGUACAUGCUUGCGGCCAAUUGAAAAUCUUAAUCGGUUUGAUGAGAGAACUUGUGCAGAAACAAUGGGAAGAGGAACGUGAAAUGGAUAUGAAGCUAGCUGAGAUAGUCGAGCAUCAAACAAGAGUGCGCAAAGAAAUGUCGCAAAAUAAGCAUCACCAAAACGAUAUUUUGUACAUUACGCAACCAACUCGUAACAUUCUGCUCGCACUUGGCGCUUGGCCCUCCAUCAAUAAAGGAGAAUCCAUACACUCGAAGGUUCACAAUUUCUUGCUAAUCUUUAUGUCCUACACUCUUCUCUUUUGCGACCUUAUACCCGGUAUCCUUUACUGGUUGAUGAAGGCAACAAUGCGCGUUCGACUGCAGAUGAUCCCUCUUCUCCUUUAUGACUUCAUGUCCGCCAGUCAAUACAGCAUCUUCAUAUCUCGCUAUGAUCAACUCAAGCGAUGCUUGAAGCACGUCGAGGAGGAUUGGGAGAAUAUUCUCAGCGUGGACGCACGAAACAUUAUGCUGAAAUCUGCGAGGACGGGGAAACGUCUAGUUACGAUUUGCGCAUUUUUCAUGUACAGUGGCGUCAUUACCUUCCGAGGAAUCUUACCGUUGUUCCAGGGAAAGAUCAUCAUUGAUCAGAACGUCACGAUAAGACGCUUUGCCUGUCCGGGUUACUACUUUUCCCUCGACGUACAAGUCAGCCCCGUUUACGAGACGGUCUUUAUAAUCCAAUUUCUAACAGGAUUUAUUACAGUUUCGAUCGUGACAUGUGCAUGUGGCCUUACAGCGAUUUUUGUAGUACAUGCUUGCGGUCAAUUAAAAAUCUUAAUCGGUUUGAUGACAGAACUCGUACAGAAAGAAUGGCAAGAAGAAUGUGAAACAAAUAAGAAGCUAGCUGAAAUAGUGGAGCAUCAAAUAAGAGUGCGCAAAUUGAAACUUAUUUCGUCUGUAAUGUUCACGAUACUGGCGGUCCUCAAGUACAGCAGUUUGGUGCUUAGCAAAAAUCAAGUAAGAAAAUGCCUAACACGAAUGAAGGACGAUUGGCGAAAUGUCAUAAGUAUCAGUGCUCGUAAUUCCAUGAUUCAUAAAGCCAAGACUGCAAGAAGUUUGCUCAUUCUGUGCGGCAUAUUUAUGUACAUAUCCGGCUUAUAUUUUCGUACAAUUGUGCCGUUAAGCAAGGGAAAAACCAUCACCAAUCAGAACGUCACAAUUAGGCAUUUGCCAUGCCCGAGUUAUUUUGUUCUAUUUAACGGGCAAAUCAGUCCAGCGUACGAAAUCAUGUUCUUUAUACAGUUCUUCUCCGGAUUCAUCAAGUAUACCAUCACAGUGGUGAUUUGCAGCCUCGCCGCUCUCUUCGUUAUGCAUAUAUGUGGGCAGCUUGAAAUAUUGAUGACGUUAAUAAACAGUCUCAUAAACGAAACAGAAGAAAAGAAUUUAGAUAAAAAGCUGGCCUUCACUGUGGAGCAUCAGAUAAAGAUGCGAAAUUUCUUACGAUUGGUGCAAAGUACUUUACAAUAUACAAGCUUAUUAGAAGUGAUGGGAUGUACGAUUAUUGUAUGUCUUCUAGGACACGAUGUCAUCACGGAAUGGGAAGAUCAAAAUGUUAUAUCUAUGUGCUCCUAUCUCAUUCUGCUCACAUCAAUUGGAUUCAAUAUUUAUAUCUUUUGUUUUAUCGGUGAACAACUUUUCAUAGAGGGAGAGAAAUUAGCAUUAACAGUAUGUACAUUGGCUUGGUACCGUCUUCCGAAUGCGAAAGCACGAGCACUGAUAUUAGUUAUAGCCACGUCGAUUGUCCCGGCAAAACUAAAAGCCGGAAAGUUCUUCGAUCUGUCCAUCAGAACUUUCGGUGAUGUGGUUAAAACGGCUGUGACAUAUCUUAAUUUUAUUCGAAAAAUGAUGGAAUAA